CACAACAGAAUCUCUUUCCUUCCACUUUCUUGUCCAAAUUCAAAUCAACCUCCGAACCGAUCCCAGUGUCCCACACACACACACACACACCCCUUUAAGCCUAUUGUUGGGUUUUGAAGGUUUCCCUUUAAGCCUAAGCUACGUCAACAAUCAAACACCAAACUCGCUCCUUCAAAUUCAAUGCAGUAUUGGGUAAAGUCUACGGCCACCACCAGCACCCCACCCACCACAGCCCACAGUCUGAAUUCUUCAUUAAACUUUACUUCCCUCGUUACGUUCUCCGUAAUACAAAAAUCCUCUAUUAUUACCUUAGGAGAAGGGACAAAUGAAAGAAAAUCCAUUUACCAAACGAACCCACAGAAAAUGCUCAAUUCCUUUGAUUCUCGUAUCCCUUUUGGCUCUGCUGCUAGUAGUCAAGCUAAUUUCAUCCCAUUCUUCAUCAUCUCCAGCUGACCAAUUAUCGGGUUCACUUGCCCCGGAUUUUGGCGAAGCUUUAAAGUUAGAUGCAUUACCUGAGCUUCCUCGAUUUGCCUACUUACUUUCCGGCACCAAAGCCGAGGUAGGCAGUCUUAGACGGCUGCUUCAGGCUGUGUAUCAUCCCCGGAACUACUAUGUGUUGCAUCUCGAUUUGGAAGCAUCCGAUGCUGACAGAUUGGAGCUCGCAAAAUUUGCCAAAUCCCAGGUGGUCAUCAGGAAGUUUAGGAAUGUGGUGGUGAUAGGGAAGGCUGAUUUGGUCACUUCCAAAGGGCCUACCAUGAUUGCUUCAACUCUUCACGCCGUUGCCAUUUUGUUGAAGCAGGCUCAGAACUGGGACUGGUUUAUCAAUCUUUGUGCCUCUGAUUAUCCUCUAACCCCCCAAGAUGAUAUCCUGCACAUCUUCUCAUUCUUGCCCAGGGACCUGAAUUUUGUUGAGCACACAAGUGAUCUUGGUUGGAAAGAGUUCCAGAGAGUGAGACCUAUAAUUAUAGAUCCAGGCUUAUAUCAUUCUAAGAGAUCUGGUGUAUUUUGGGCCAAGGAAAAGCGAUCAGUGCCUGCUUCUUUCAAGAUAUUUAUGGGAUCUUCAUCAGUGGUGCUUACUAGAUCAUUUCUUGAGUUUUGCAUUUGGGGGUGGGAUAAUCUCCCCCGCACGCUGCUCAUGUACUACACAAAUUUCCUGUUGUCCCCAGAGGGCUACUUCCACACUCUGCUUUGUAAUCAUAAAGAUUUUCAGAAUACAACUGUGAACCAUGACCUGCAUUAUAUCAGAUGGGAGGACCCUCAAAAGCAAAAUCCCAUGAAUUUAACGCUGGAACAUUUUGAUGACAUGGUCCAAAGUGGUGCGGUAUUUGCUCACGGAUUUGGCAAGGAUGACCGGGUUCUGGACAAAAUCGAUACCGAUAUUCUCAGGAGAUCCAAUGGCCAAUUGACACCCGGGGGCUGGUGCGUAGGAACUUCUGGUUCUGACAAAGAUCCAUGUAAAGUUUUUGGUGAUCCAGGUGUGAUUAAACCAUCUGGAAGUUCAAAAAGAUUGGAGAAACUUGUACUGAAUCUCCUUGAUUCUGAAAAUUUCAGGUCAAGACAGUGUAAAUGAUAUUUAGAAAUUCAUUUAGCGUAGGAGUUGUUUCUUCAUUAUU